GUCCGUCCCUCCCCGGGGCUGCCGGGAUGUUUACGGGCCCGGCAGGAGCGGCGGGGGGCGGAGAGCAGCUCGGGGCCGCGGCGGGUGCCCGAGGGGCCGGCGGGGAGCCCCGCUAGGCGGCCGGCACGGCGCGGCUCCGCUCAACUGAAGGACAGAAGGGACACUUUUGCCUGGUAGAAUGGAUGAACAGUCACAGGGCAUGCAGGGGCCCACUGCUCCGCCAUUUCAGCCACAGAAAGCCUUGCGACCUGACAUGGGCUAUAAUACUCUUGCCAAUUUCCGAAUAGAGAAAAAGAUUGGUCGUGGACAGUUCAGUGAAGUUUACAGAGCAACCUGCCUGUUGGAUGGGGUACCCGUAGCACUGAAGAAGGUUCAGAUAUUUGAUUUAAUGGAUGCCAAAGCCCGUGCUGACUGCAUCAAAGAAAUAGAUCUUCUAAAGCAACUGAAUCAUCCAAAUGUAAUUAAAUACUAUGCGUCAUUCAUUGAGGACAAUGAACUGAACAUAGUCUUGGAAUUAGCUGAUGCUGGAGAUCUUUCUAGAAUGAUAAAGCAUUUUAAGAAACAGAAGAGAUUGAUUCCUGAGAGAACAGUUUGGAAGUACUUUGUUCAGCUUUGCAGUGCAUUGGAACAUAUGCAUUCUCGUCGUGUUAUGCAUAGAGAUAUAAAGCCAGCUAAUGUGUUCAUUACAGCUACAGGGGUAGUAAAGCUUGGAGACCUUGGACUUGGACGAUUUUUCAGUUCCAAAACCACAGCUGCUCAUUCCUUAGUUGGUACACCUUAUUAUAUGUCUCCAGAGAGAAUACACGAAAAUGGUUACAACUUCAAAUCUGACAUCUGGUCUCUAGGCUGUCUGCUGUAUGAGAUGGCUGCACUGCAGAGUCCCUUCUAUGGUGAUAAAAUGAACUUGUACUCCCUGUGCAAGAAGAUAGAACAGUGUGACUAUCCACCUCUCCCUUCAGAUCACUAUUCAGAGGAAUUGCGACAAUUAGUUAAUAUGUGCAUCAACCCGGACCCAGAGAAGCGACCAGACAUAACCUAUGUCUACGAUGUAGCGAAACGUAUGCAUGCACACACUGCGAGCAGCUAAACAGACAUCAGAUCAUGAAGAGCAGAAAUAUUCAAGUAUUUUAAAUAAAUCAUCCCACCUCUUUGUGUUACAGAAAUGUAAUUAUUUGAAGCUUACUGUUGUGCUUUGUAAACCAAUUUAUAUACAAGCUUUGUUGUUCUGUUUUUUUUUUGUAUUUUUAAGCAAUUUGCAGUUUUAAGAGGUUUAAAUAUGUAAAGCAUAAGUUUAAAAGAUACCAAGAACCACUUUUUUCCAUGUUAAGUGAGUUCAAGUGUAUUUUCUUUACUAACAAAAUUGCAUUCAGUUGGGCCUCAGUUCUAAAACACAGUUGCACUUUUGCACAGGAUACAGAUAUUAGGCUUAUUAUCUAAAAGCAAAAUGUCUGAAUCUCUCACCUUUUUAGUAAUUUAUAGAAAGUAUGAAUCAGCACAGUUAAGUUUAUUUUAAUCUUUGUUCUAAAAGGGAUAUAAUUAUUAUAGAAGGUUAUUGUAUUUUAUACUGAGUUGUAGUUUGUAGUUCUCAGCUUAAGAGUAGACAAAUGACAUGAAUUAGUUCUGUGCUUGCCAAAUGUGAUGGGAAAAUGGUUAUUGGAAAAAGCCUUACACUGAAAUUUUUGUAACAACCUUUUUCGUUUUGUUAUUCUGUCAUAAUGCACAUAAAACAUUUGUUGGAGGUUUUCUGGGAAAAUUUAAGGUGUUGAUUCUGCAAUUUGAUCGUUUUCAAUAGCCUUGUGCAGCACUGCCCUGGGGCAAUACGAGUCUGCAUAGUUAAGUCUUAAAACCAUGCAGAUGCUUCUUGUAGCAAAUAGCGUUCUUUUGAGGCUAGCAUAUAUGACAAGAUCUGGUUAAAAGAUGUGAUCUUUUAAGUUACAUCUUCCUGACUAUUUAUGUAUAUGUCACGGUUUGUAGAUUUUUUGUAUUUAAAAUGAUUUGAGUGACCUUACAGUACUAUAUUUAAAUUGAAAGAUGCUUUUUAAAUACUGAAAGCUUUGGGAAAAGAUAUAGUUGUGUACUAUAACACAAAAUGUAUUCUUCAUGAAGAUCUGAUUUUGUAUAUUGAAUCCUGAGAAGUAGUUUUAUAUCUAGCAAAAGUAAAUUUUAGUUUUUAUGUUUAAGAGAAAGUCACCGUUUUCAUUUGGGAAAUAAGUAUUUAUGCAAAAUGUCUUACAAGUAUUUUAUUAUUGAAAAGGAGAUUCACAGUAUUUUGGGUAAACCUUAAUACGUUGCUGGGUAUGUUUAAUGUUUUUAUUGUUAAGGGGAAAAGGGUGUCUUCUUUCUAAAUAUGAUAAAAAUGGAGAAUGGACUGAAAUUUCUUGAGUUUCAAGACUGAAAUUUUUUGAGAAUAUAUAAAACUGUCAAAACAAAAUUAUUACCAGUGAGAUUGCUAAGAAGCUGUUACAGUCAGUUAAACCUUUUCCUUUAAUAGGUAAAAAGAAGUCAGUUUAAAGAAGAUCAGCAGUAUGUACGUUCACACAUUGCUUCUGUAUGCAGCCAGUUCCCUGCACACUUGGAAGUUUUUUUUCACUAUGCAACUUUAAUUUUAUCUGUUGUAAUGCUCAAGGAAUCCAACUAUGAAGAAUGUACCUUGAUUUUGAGUUAGGUCAGUUGUAUUUUUUUUUUUUUUUAAAUUAUAAAUACUAUGGGAAUUCUGUGUGGCAAAAUGCAGUAGUUAUUAAAUAGUAUGUGUCAGAUCCUCCGCUUAUUUUAGUACACAAUUUUUAUUUUUAUCUCCAGUUUUUGUAGGACGAAUCCUUAGUUCUCCUUAUAGCUGCCAUGUGUACUUGAUUUAAUCUUGUAGGACUCCAGUGGAACAAUUAGUAGUGAGGAAGCAUUUGAGAAACCUUGGAUUGUAUCUAAAAACCUCUAUAUUUGUUUUCCUUUAUUUUCUGGUUGUUGAAUUUUAAAAAAUGAUGGAUAUAUUCUAGACCAGGUGUCAUAGAGUGAAAUGGUUUGUAUUGGAAAAGGCAGCACAACACUUGCUUGACUGCCAAGAUUAGUUUUUAAUAUGCAUAAGUACUCAAAUUGUUCUUUACUGAAGUGGACUAGAGCAUUCAAAAAUCACUGUAAAAAAACAAACACAAUCAGGGUAUUUGCAUCUAAUAUUAUGCAUAAAGUAUUUCCUCUUUUCCUGAAAGUAACCAAUAACAAUUUUUUCCCCUUGUCUGGAAGGAUGCACUGACUAAAGAAAUCAUGAGUUAGCAAAUGUGUGUACUUAAGUGUGUAUUUUUUCUAGCAUUGCUAAUGAAAUCUUGUGCUGAGUAAAAGAAGUAGUUGUUUCUAUUUUAAAAUUUGUAAAAUGGAUGGUACAGAUGACUUGGGUACCAAACUUUCUAUUUGAGAAGCCUGUAUGGGUUAGUAGAACUGCUUGUAUAACCGGGGAUUGUAGAACCUAUCCCCCAGGUAAAGCACCUAGUAACAUAAGAAAAUAAUAAUGUCUGUUAUAACACUUCCAUAUGUGCUAUACAUUUUAUAAAGUGUUUUCCUUUGUAAAACACCAUUCUAUUUUUUUCGUAUGUCGUUGAUGGUGAUAUUUGGCACUAUUUAUUUUAAGCUAUGGCAUUACAUGUUUAUUUUCUUUAAAAUGAACGUGUUAGGUUUCUAACCAAAAUGUCUGACUAGCUUCCCCUUUUAUUUCGGUAGUACUACAGUAUUAGUGUGCUUCACGAGUGAACUUUGUGCUUUGAGUGACAUCGCAUUAAAAUAUGUCUUCUGUCUUGAAAGCUUCCCUGCUGUGCAAUAGCCUAAUAGAAAUAAAACUACAGAUAGCAACUAUAAUGUAAAAAUAAUAGUUCUUCUAUGAUAUUUUUCAAACUUUUCUUAUUACAGAUAUAUAUGUUACAGUAGAUGCUACCUAUCUUGUGGACAAUUUACUGUAUCCAGUAUUGAAUUAUAGGUGAGUGUUCUUGACUGUAACGAUAGAAAGUACAUUCAAAAAAUGAUUUUCAUACCAUUUGUCAAAAAUUGUAUCUAAAAAUACUACAUCAGAUAUAUUCACAACUAACUCGAGUGCUUUUAUCUAAAAUUUAAAUCUAAAAUUACUCUCAAACAAUAUUAAAAAAACUAAAAAUCAUAAAAAUAGAGAAGAGCUCCUAUUUAUGACCCCAGUCUUGUAAGCUCUUGUUUAUAGAUAGUGAUUUUUGUAGAAUUUCAGUAAUUUUGAGUGAACCUUGUAUAGUCAAAAUGAAUAAAUUGGAAUCAGUAGGGUAUAUAUAAAUGAUAUGCUCAGCUCACUUUUUAUACUUUGUAUGUCACUGUUUUGGUAGCACAGACUAAUGUAUUUUUUCCCCUCUUCUGUUACAUUUUAAUGAUCCAGCUACCAGUUGUAUAAGCAGGCAGUAGAAGUAGGUGUUCUUUCUGUAAUGAGCAAAAACUUUAAAACCAUGCCAAUACACAGGAAGAUGAAAUAUGGUAUUAGAUGUGUCUGAGCAGGCUGGUGUUUUAUUCAUGCUCAGGAUUAAGAAAGCCAUAAAGGGUGAAGUUCUUGACAGUCUUGGAAGAGGAAAAGGACUUCUUGUGCCAGUGGUUCUCAGAUAGCUCUGAAUGGGACCCAGAAUUGCAGUGAUGUUCGUUUUUCAACUCACCGUCCACCCAGUCUCUGUCUUGGCUGCUGUACAGUGAGAUGAGAAUCUUAAUGGCUGAAUUGGAAUGCCAGCGGCAAAUGGCAUGUCAGAUACUUGUGGGUUUAGGAACAGGAGGUUGAUGUGAGGGAGAGUCAGUGAAGGCCUUCAGCUCCUGCUUUGUGGAGCGCUAAUUUAAUCAGGAAGUAAAGGUGCUGAACAGUAGUUUUAAAUCACUGCUGUCCCAUUAUUUUUAAUAUUGUUUUAACAGUCUGAAAUUUCUGCCAUAUCCCCCUCAUCAUCUAGUAGCCAGUGCCAGUGCUGGACUUCUGGAUUUCUCAUCUCUGGUUUGGUCUGGGUGAAUAGUUAAACUUUCUGCCAAGAUCCCCUAAGGGGGAAAAUACCAAUGCUAGACAUGCCCAGUGAUGUGUUUCUUAUAUUUCUGAGCAUGAUUCAAUAUGGAUUUUUAAGGUUCUUUUUCAAACUUUACUCCCUUCCCUGAGCCUUGCUCUUUCUUUUUCCCUAAUUGUCUUAUUCAGUAGUGGUCUUGUCUUCCCUUGCCUCUGCUUCAUCUUUUCUGGUGUCUCAUCUACCCCUCUUCCUGAUUUGAAGUCUUCUGUGACUAGUUUUCCUAGUGGCUGUUCAUUUUUUUUUUUCUUUGUGACUUUGCUAAACUCUGCCUAUUCCUGUCGUCUCAAAUUUUAUUCCUUGCCAUAGGGGAACCCAUUUUUUUUCUUCUAAGUACUUAACUCCAUUGUUCUUCGUUCUGUUUUUCCAGCCUCCACCUUUGAUUUCUGGUUUUAGACAGGCUUUCUUACUGCCUCAAUCAUUCCCAUGACCUUGUCUUUACUAAGUACUGUUUGCUUUAUUAUCUCUCAUUUUAAAAUUCCCUUUCUCUGAUCACUACCUGUUCUCUUUCAGCAUAUCUGUCUUUCUCUCUCCUCUACCCUGUCACUCACUCCUUUUGGGAUCUCCAGUCUAUUAACCUUUCUGACUCCUUUACUCUUCUCAGCUGCCUCCUUCCUUCAUUGGCCUUACCUCCUUUGACUCACUGGUCUUUAUUUUCAUCUCUGUCUGCUUCUCUAUAUGUGGUUUCUUUGGUCGCUUCUCAUGCUGCUCUGUCUCUGUUCUUCUCCCCAGACAUCAUGUCGUGUAAUUUCUUAAUUUCCAAUUCUGUCUUUCUGAAUAUCUUUGAAGAACAGCAGCACAACAAAGCUCUGGACUCAUCUCUGCUUUACCUGUUUUAAUUCUCCUUCCAAAUGGACUUUGUAACCACAUUUAUUCAAUAUUUUUUUCUUUCUUGUUGAUCUUGCUUCCAGGUUUGCUUUUCAUUUUAGUUCUCCACCCACUUCUGACACAAAAUGUAUCUUCAAACCCUGUUUUUUACGUGACAAGAUCUAUUUUCUUCGAAAUUGUUCUGCUUUCUCAGAAUCUGUUUCUGAACCAGGCCUCUCUGCCUCUUACCUGUAUGAGUUUUACCCCUUUUCUUUCUGUUUAUUUGGUGCAUUUCUCAUUCCUUUCUUGAAUGACUUCUUCCUCUUUAAAUCCUCCUCAUUUCCUGUUCUCACACCUCUCAUUGCCUUCACUAGCAACCAGGUUUCUAUUUUCCCCCUGUCCUGAAGUGGGUAGCACCAAUCAUCUUAACUGGUUCUCUGUUUAACAUUUUGCCCUUUAUUUCCCAAUUAGUAGCCCCUCAUUUUAUGUACCUGAACAUCCUUCUCCUUUUUUGUUUUCAAGUCUUUUGUUUUACCCCACAAUUUGAAUGCCCCAAAGAUCCAGUGCUCCCUUCCCCAGUUUGGUUCUCCCGUGCUUCCAUCUCCAGUUGAUUUCUUGAGUAUCCAGGCACAGUCUUAGACCUGUUGAUGCAAAGAUCUAAUUUUUAUUCCCAACUCCCUCCAGACUUUUUCGUACAUCCCUGACAAUUCUACUUGCCUCUCUAUUUUCCAGGGCCAUAACCUUUCUCUCUCUCUGACAUGCCUGCCUAUCAGAUGUCUCAAAGUUAGUAAUACCAGAUUCCACCCCUCUUCACUGUCCAUGUACUUCCUUUUAUCUUCACUGUUUUAACCUCUAUGUCAGUUUUGACUUCUUUUCCUCCCUUCAAAGUAUUGAAAUUGACAGGAAUAAACUACUGUCUUUGGGCUUUAGCUGUUUCAUGUGCUGAAGAAGGAACUCCACCAAAUUACUGCUUGUUUUGUGUUUUUAAGGUACUUCAAUUCCACAAAUUUGAUCUUAUUUUAGGACUUCAGAGCUGGAGUAGAUCCUAUUCCUCCAAGCACUUCAAAGGUUCUUGAAUUUGGGCCACAAUUUAGUUUUCUACCCCUUCAGCUACAGUUCUUGUCCUUCAUUUCUUCAUUUAUUUACCUUAUGUAACUUUUCUUGUUCUUUUUCUGCAUGUACAGCUAACAGUUAUUUUCUUGUGUUAAAGCAACUUGAUUGCAAUGCUUGUACCUUCGCUUCAAGUAAGAAUGUGCUUAAGAGCUUCCCUGGCUGGAUUCAGUGUUUGGCGUGAUGCUCCUCUUUGUUACUGUCCCACCCCUACACUGAUUUCUCUCAUUUGUUGCCUUUUGCAUCUUGCCUAACUGAAGAUACACUAUGUUACACUGCAGGAUAGUGGGCAUAAAAUUGAGCCAGCUGCAAAUGAGGUAGCUUGUUUUCUGCAUUGUUUUCUGUCUGUGUGUACUGUUUGACUUUCCAGUUUUUACACGCUUUCAGACUUAGAAGACUAUGUUUCCAGAGAUUCACUGAUGAUCACAGUGUCUGACCUUUGAUUGCUCGUGGUUAUUUUAUCCUUAUACAUCUGUUGAGAUUGAGAGGCAAAAGAUAUAUUAUGAAUUUUCCAUAAAACUAAGAAGUCAGGAUUUUUUUGACUGUAGGAUAGAGAGCUGGAUGUCGGUCAGGUUGUGAAUUUGCACUAGAAUAAUUUCUUUUAGAGGAUCAGUUGCCAGUUGGCACAAAGUAAAUUCUUUUUUAAAUGUUCUAUGUUUAUUGUUUGUUGUCAGUUUGUAUAACGUCAUACGAGUGUUGAAUUUGUUCUUCUACAACUGCCUUAAUGAUGCAUGGAGGCCUGAACACCUUUUGUUCGAUAGAAAUCUUCUGUUCAUAUGGAAAUUAAAAAAAAUAAAUUAGGUACAUUGAGUCCUUC